CCUCAACUAGACAACUUUAGUCGUUCUGUCUAUCUUGAGAAAUUUGAGGUAGUGUAGAGUUUGUAGGUGUUGUGAUAAAGUGACACUUAUAGUAUGUAUGUUUGAUUCUUUCGAAAGUGUUAAGUGAUGUGCAUUUUUUGUUAGUUUGUGUUGUUUUUAAUGAUUUUUAUCGGGCCGUUGGUGUCAAUUAUGUCGGAGAUGACAUCGGGUGUUGUGUUAAAGUCGUCAACAUCAGACGGCGAACUUUUGACUGAAAAACAAACAUUGAAUACUAUAAACGAUUCAGGUGUCUGCAACCCUACCGUUCAUACAAAUUUACAAGAGUCUAAAUUAAAACGUACGUUCACAUUGACGAGAAAUGCCUUCACUGGGUCGAGAAGCAGUAAACGUAAGGGAAAACACAAGGGGAGCAAAGAUAACCUAUCUGGUAAAGGUACUAUGGUGAUCCAGGACAGUGAAAACAUGGACAUUCAAAAACAAAAUAAAAAACUGUUUCGCCCGACCGUCUUGGAACAAGUUUUUAAGUAAAAUGGUUCAGAAGGUUUCAAAUCUAGGUGUUCAAAAUAACAAAAACUUAUGCUCUAACUAUGUGUACAGUAAUCGUAGAAGAUAUACAAUGUCUCUAUCAUCUUCAGAUAUAAGAGUUCCCCCAACUAAAGCAAUUUUACAUUGGAAAUGGAGAUAAAGUCCCUGGAGUUAUGGGUCUAAGGAAUCAUGGAAAUACCUGUUUUAUAAAUGCUGUAUUGCAGUGUUUAAGCCAUACAGAUAUCUUGGCAGAAUAUUUUGUACUUGAUCAGUAUAAAGUUGAUCUAUCCAGGCGGAACAAACUUAAUUCCAAAAAGUAUGGAACCAAAGGAGAAGUUACUGAACAGUUGGCCCUUAUUGUUAAAAGCAAUCUGGUUGUGUCAAUAUGACCCAGAAAUGUCCAAUAAAUUUAAGUUGAUUGUUGACAAGUAUGGGAGUCAGUACCGUGGUAAUAAUCAACAUGAUGCUCAAGAGUUUCUCCUGUGGUUACUGGACAAAGUGCAUGAGGAUCUCAAUACAGCUACAAAAAAGAAGUACAAAGUUAUCAAG